ACAGGGAGCGGCCACAUCCGGCAGUCGGAGGCUGCUGGGGCGUCUUGCUGCCCCUGGGGUCGCUGAGGAGGCGGGUCGGUCAGCGAGUGUGGCCGCCGCGGGUGGUGCCCGGCCAGAGCCUCGGCCUCGCGGGCCGGACCCGUCGCCCCUGCGACUGCCGCCUGCAGUGAGCGAGCGCGGAGCCUGCGCGGCCAGCUUGUGAAGGCCAGUCCAUCACUUAGUGACAUUGCCCCCCAAACGCGCCAGGGCCGGGGUGGCGACGUCGCCCACCCUAGCUGCAGACCGCUUGAGUCAUCGCCUUUAGAAGUGCAUUCAUCCCAGAAGGCCUUGCUGGACUUACCCCACUGAAUUGUCCUUUCGCAGGGAGGCACCCUAUAGAGACUGCGUCCAGCGACCCGCCCCAAGGGCCCUUGGAGUAGUCCCAAAUAUGGAUCAGAAACUUUCAGAGCUGAUAGAAGAGCUCACGACUUCUGGAGAACCCCGACUGAAUGCCCAGAAAAUGAAGGAACUGAAGAAAACGUGCAAGUCUUCAGAGGAGCAGCUGAAUUAUGCCUACCGCCUGCUCACGACACAGCUGACCCAGGACCAUGCUGAAAUCCGCCUCUCAGCCUUCCAGAUCAUGGACGAGCUCUUCACCAGGUCUCAUCAUUUCAGGAUGCUGCUUGUUUCUGACUUCCAGAAGUUUCUGGAACUCACACUGGGCACAGAUAAUGACCAUCCCCUGCCACCACCAUGGGAAGCAGCCCAGAGGCUGAAGCAGGCAGCCAUGCAGGCUGUGGAAGGUUGGAACGAGAAGUUUGGGGAGGCCUAUAAGAAGCUAGCCUUGGGCUACCACUUCCUAAAGCACACCAAAAAGGUGGAUUUUCAGGAUGUGAAUGCCAGAACUGUGGCAGAAAGGAAGCGAGAGGAGGUGAAGCAGAGGCACCUGGAUAAAAUGCACAGAGCAAGUGCUGAGCGGGCUGAAAAGGAGAUGGAAGAAAUGGCUGAUGAAAUGGGAUGCUGCCUGACAGAAGUGGAGAACUGCUUUAGGCUGCUGGUGCCCUUGGACUUUGGCCCAUUUCCAGAGACCAAAUUCCUUGGCAAGGCACCUGGUACAACAGAGGCCUGUGCCCCUUGUUUCUUGAGCCCAGACCUGGUAGCUCUUCGUGGGUCUGGCCCCCCUGUACUCCAGGAUGAGGAGCAGCCAUGCUGCAGCAAGGACCUGGCUGCUUCUGUAUGCAGUGUAGGACCUGUGGCUGGUCUGGAAGUACUGGCCCCAACAGCCACACAAGACCUCUCAGGGGAUGAGAGUGAAGACGGUGAUCCAGAGGAGUUCCUUCGGAGCCAUGGCCUGGGUUCCCACAAGUACACACUGGACCUCGAACUCUCCUCAGAUGGUCCAAAGGUGCAGGAGAAUGAGGACAACCUCGCUGUCCUCCAUGCUGCCCGAGACUCACUCAAACUCAUCCGGAACAAGUUCCUGCCAGCAGUGUGCUCCUGGGUCCAGCGGUUUACCCGAGCAGGGAUCUACAGUGGACACCUAAAACGAGCCAUUAACCUGAAAACAGAACUGGAACUUGCUCUGAAGAAGUAUGAGGAGCUGGACAUCAAGCCGGAGAGAGGGCAGAGAAGCAGGACAGAAGCACUGGAGGACAGCGAGGAUGAGAAUGAGGACUUCAUGGAGGUGCCGGAGAAGGAGGGGUAUGAGCCUCACAUUCCUGACCACCUACGGGCUGAGUAUGGGCUGGAACCAAAGGCCCCACUGAAGAUUCCAGAGAAAGACACAGUUGUAUGCAGCUUAGAGGCAAGGAGAAGGCAGAGAAGGAGUGAGGAGGCAUCGGACCCCACCUCUGCUGCUGCCCAGCUGUUGUGGCUCCAGGACCACCUGCCCCCCACUUCAUCCUCUACCAGGGUAUCCCUGGAGCCCCGGGAGGACCAGAAGCUGGUGGCAGAGCGAGCCCGAGCGCCUGUUGUACCCUUCGGAGUGGACCUGUGCUACUGGGGCCAGGAGCAGAUGACAGCUGGAAAGAUCCUCAAAUCUGACUCUCAACACCGCUUCUGGAAGCCCUGUGAAGUAGAGGAGGAAGUGGACAGUGCCCAUGUCUCUGAGAUGCUUCAUAGUCGACACAUCACCUUUGCAGGGAAGUUUGAACCUGUGCAGCACCAGUGUCGGGCCCCAAGGCAUGAUGGCAGGCUCUGCCAGCGCCAGGACCGGCUAAAGUGCCCGUUCCAUGGGAAGAUCAUCCCUAGAGAUGACAGAGGUCAGCCCCUCAACCCAGAAGACAGAGCCCGUGAGCAAAGGCAGCAAUUGCAGCAGCAUCAAACACGCCCAGAUUGGCAGGACCCUGAGUUUAUGAAGGACGUGGAAGCAGCCACAGGAGUGGACCUCGGCUCGUCCAGAUACAGAGGGAAGGGCAAAGCGAAGAGGAGGAAGCACCCCAACCUCACUGACCUUCGGGAGCGUGCCAACACCAGCCGGGCCCGCCUCGAGAAGAAGGUCUUCGCUAAGGCGGCUGUGCAGAGAGUGGUUGCUGCCAUGAACCAGAUGGACCAGAAGAAACAUGAGAAGUUUGCAAACCAGUUUAACUAUGCAUUGAAUUAAAAGAAUGUGGGCUGAAUGUGCUGUGGUCCCCUUUGGUCAUCAGGUCAUCUAUCACAAGCAUACUAAGAUGGGAGAAUGGGCACAUGUCUGUUGGAGGACUUGAGCUGCCAAACACAUGGGGACACUGUGAUCCCCUUUCCUUAUGGCUCUGCUGGAGUUUAGAGAUACAGUAAAGACAGUAGAAGCAUCAGUACCAAAGACCACCAAGCACACACAGAAGUCAAAGAUGGACUUGGGGUUUGGUUUUGUUUCUGAGUUUUGUGGUUUUGAGACAGGGUCUUUUUGUUGUUGUCAUAAUAAAAAACUUCUUUUAAGAAGGCAUUCA